UUUUUUAAAAGGAACUAACAAAUGCCAAGCAAAUGGUAUGAGUACAUUGUGUUCAAUAAAAUCAAAAUAAAUGGAUCAGUUAAUUCCUGUUAUAAACAAACUGCAAGAUGUAUUUAAUACUGUUGGAUCUGAAGCUAUUCAACUACCACAAAUUGUUGUUGUAGGAACCCAGAGUAGUGGUAAAAGUUCUGUUUUAGAAAACAUUGUUGGAAAAGAUUUCCUACCAAGAGGAUCAGGAAUUGUAACUAGGCGUCCAUUAAUCUUACAAUUGAUCCAUGUUCCUAAAACAACAAAAAAGCUAGAAGAAAAUCAUUCUUAUAAUUUUCAACCUAAUGUUGAAUCAGAAGAUGAAAUUUCGGAAAUAAAUGUUCAUGAAGAUGACGUUUCACAAUCUAUUUUAUCUGCAGAUGAAGAUCACGAGUCAGAGGAAUGGGGAAAGUUUCUACAUAAGAAAGAAAAGAAGUAUUACUCCUUUGAUGCUAUUCGUCAAGAGAUAUUAAAUGAAACUGAAAGGUUAGCUGGUAGUAACAAGGGUAUAUGUGAACAACCUAUCAGUUUGAAAAUUUACUCUCCAAAUGUUGUUAAUCUAACUUUAGUUGAUCUUCCUGGAAUGACCAAGAUAGCUGUUGGAGAUCAGCCUUUGGAUGUUGAAGCUCAAAUUCGUUCUCUUAUAAUGAAAUAUGCUGCAAACUCAAAUGCAUUAAUUCUAGCUGUAACUGCAGCCAAUACAGACCUUGCUACAUCCGAAGCUAUUAAAAUUGCAAGAGAGGUAGACCCUGAAGGAAACCGCACACUGGCUGUCAUAACAAAGUUAGACCUUAUGGAUCACGGGACAGAUGCAAAAGAUAUUUUAUAUGGAAAAGUGAUUCCAGUCAAACUUGGAAUAAUUGGUAUUGUAAACAGGAGUCAGUUAGAUAUAAACAACAAAAAGACUAUUCAAAGUGCUUUGGAGUUUGAGGAAUUUUUUUUUCAAAAGCGAUAUCCUAUGCUAGCUAAUCGAAACGGAACAAAAUAUCUUACAAAAACUCUAAACAAGCUUUUGCUUCGUCACAUUCAGCAUUGUUUACCUGACCUAAAAUCACGUAUCAAUGUUAUGAUUUCUCAUUACCAGCAAUUGUUGAAUUCUUGUGGAGAACCAGUUGUUGAUAAGAGAUCGACAUUACUUCGUUUAAUUACACUUUUUGCAUCAACUUAUUGUGAAACUAUAGAAGGAACAUCUAAAAAUAUCACCACAUCAGAAAUAUGUGGUGGAGCCCGAAUAUGCUACAUUUUUCAUGAUACAUUUGGCAAGACUAUCUUAAAAUUUGACCCUUUAACUGGCCUCACUACAAAAGACAUAUUGACAGCCAUAAGAAAUGCCACGGGUCCACGUCCAGCUUUAUUUGUACCAGAAAUUUCUUUUGAACUUCUUGUUAAAAGACAAAUCCAAAAACUUGAAGAGCCAAGUUUAAGAUGUGUAGAAUUAGUACAUGAAGAAAUGCAAAGAAUUAUACAACAUAGCAUGUCACAGGUUUUAGAGAUACAAAAAUUUCCUCAGCUAAAAGACAGAAUAAAUGAAGUUGUAACUGCUCUUCUACAAAGUAGACUGGCUCCAACAAAAACUAUGGUAGAGAACCUUGUUCAAAUUGAGCUGUCAUAUAUCAAUACAAAUCACCCUGACUUCAGUGAUGGUGCAUCUGUUGUUUCCUCUAUGCUAGCUGCUAAUGAUUUGAGAAAGAAGAAGGAAAAGAUCCUUCAAAAGGAAGAGAAUCAUCGCCUAUUAGCUAACGAAGCUCCAGAAGAUACUCAAUCAAAUGACAGCCGAAGUAUUCCUUGGUUUUCUCGUAAAGUUCCAACUAAUGAAUUAAUAGAUAACAUUCAUGAUGGGAACCAAUCAGAUUCAACGUCUCAUAACAUAACCAAAACCAGAGAACUUUCUGAUCGUGAACAAUUAGAUUUAGAAUUAAUACAGAGACUUAUUAGAUCAUACUUUAACAUCAUCAGAAAGAAUAUUCAAGAUAGUGUCCCAAAAGCUGUAAUGUGUUUUCUUGUCAACCAUGUCAAAUCUAAAAUUCAAAGUGAUUUGGUUGAGCAACUUUAUAAGAGUGAACUCUUUGAUGACUUAUUAAGUGAAGCUGAACAUAUCCAUAUAAGGCGCAAAGAAAAUUUAAAUAUGUUGCAGGCUUUACAGAGAGCUGCUCACAUAACUGCAGAUAUUCGUGAUUCCAAUGUUUCAUUGUGAUCAAGUUUGUUAAUUGAAGUUGGUUGUUUCACAAGUUUUUUGCUGCUUUCUAGUCAAACUUAUUAUUCUAAAAGAGUAAUUAAAAAUAAAAAUAAUUAGUUAACCAUUAUUUUUUUUCAAAACUGCAAUUUUAAAAAGUUACGAAAGCGAUUACAUAGCACCCAUUUUUAUUGUUUUAAAAACGAAAAAUUUUCAAAUAUAUGAAUUUGGAUAAAUUAUAAAUAAUUUUUUUUUACUUUCUCUUUUCAUUUUUUAUUUUAUUACACAUUUUUUAUUUUGUUACUUUUUUACUUUUUGUUUUUGUUUUUGUAACUGUACAAGAGUUUCAUCUGUUUUUUUUUUGUUUUUUUUUGCGCUUAUAAUCCUCAAACAAACUUGUGGUACCUUACUGACACAAGCAAAUAUGUUGUGGUACCUUAUUGACACAAGCAAAUAUGUUGUACUGUUAUACAUCAUUAUUUUAAUGCUGCAAUUUUUCAAUUGUGAAAAUAUUUAUUUACACCUUGUUGAACAAUUUUUAUGAGUUGUAGAGUAUAUGCCCAAAUAUAAAGUUAUUUUGUUA